CUGAUUGUACUUGAAUGCAACAUGGCUCCUAAUCCCUGGGGAGAUGAUGAAUGGACGGGGCCCCGCCCCUUUUACAGUUGUUCAAGUGAAGUCUACCUGCAGCAGGCAGGUACGUCCAGCAAGCCUCGACUCAACACUUUCUACACCGCUCCACAAGGAGUCUACGGCAACGUCAGAGCCAAAAUGGGGCGGAAGGAGAUUGUCUGCAGCUGGAAGAAACCCAUAAAUAACAUCAAGGAUGUGUUUGACUUCAAGGGGAAGAUGGGAACGGGGUCUUUUUCUGAAGUUUUUAUGGUGAGAGAGAAGAAAACAGGGAAAUUGUUUGCUCUGAAAUGCCUGAAGAAAAAACAUCUUGCUCACAGUAACCUGGAAAAUGAAAUCAAUGUGCUGAAGAGAAUAAAACACGACAAUGUGGUCGAGCUGGAGGAUUUUUACGAGAGUCGAACCCACUAUUACCUGGUCAUGCAACUUGUGUCAGGUGGGGAGCUGUUUGAUCGCAUUUUAGACAAAGGUGUUUUCACGGAGAAGGAUGCCAGCUCGGUGAUCAAACAGGUACUGGAGGCCGUCAGCUAUCUGCAUGAAAACAGCAUCGUGCACCGGGACCUGAAGCCGGAGAAUCUGCUGUUCUACAACACAGAUGAGAAUGCAAAGAUCAUGGUCAGUGACUUUGGCCUGUCCAAGACAUUAGAGCAUGGGGUGAUGUCCACAGCCUGUGGGACACCAGGAUAUGUUGCUCCUGAGGUUUUGGCCCAAAAACCGUACAGCAAAGCAGUCGACUGUUGGUCCAUCGGUGUUAUUACUUAUAUCUUGUUGUGUGGCUACCCUCCAUUCUUUGAGGAGAACGAGACACGUCUGUUUUCAAAGAUCAUGAGAGCUGAGUACGCCUUUCACUCUCCCUUUUGGGACGACAUCUCGCAGUCAGCAAUAGACUUCAUUAGGAAUAUGAUGGAGAAAAACCCCACUAAACGCUUCACCACGGAACAGGCCCUCCGGCACCCCUGGAUUGAUGGCGACACAGCUAAAGACCAAGACAUUUAUCAGUCCGUCUGUGAGCAGAUAGAAAGGAAUUUUGCCAAAUCCAAAUGGAAGCAAGCCUACAAUGCAAGUACAGCCAUCAACCUCAUGAAGAAAGGGCAGGUGUCCCAGCGGGAGCCCUCUUCUACCGCUCUUUCAUUGCCCCACAUCAUUUUACACACCUCCUCUCAGACCGACCUGGAAGCACUGGGACCUUGCCGUGACGUGGAUCAGUCCCUGGACCCCAAUGGAAAUCCAUUGCAUGCUUCCAGGCUUGUUACUUCUGCUUCUGAGCCCAGCAGGAGUCUCUGCCCGCCGCUCAGAGGCCAUCAUAACGAACGUGAUUAUGCGCUUGCGGAACCAAGAGAAGUCCACUCCUUGGACUCUGACAAUGGCAUCGCUUUUAUGUCAUCCAAAAGUAUGGAUGCUGUGGCUCAAAGGAAGGACGGGUCUCUGCAGUCUGGGGUUUGCUCCGUCAUGUGACGUGUGGUCAGAUAACCCGAGCAUCAUCUCAUCGGCAUCCUCGCUUUGACGAUGUCAACAUGUCUGCUCAAGAGAAGCGGUUUUGCAGGAAUGGUUCCAAACAUCAGCGAACGCUCUUUUCUCGUGCUUAACUACAGUCUGUGCAGCCGUCCCUCGCUACGUCACGGUUCCAACAUCGGCCCCCACUCUAGUGUGGUGUUUCAAAAAUGUAUUUUUUCAUGAAUGAUCGCUGUUUUGUGCUUGACUAUGAUAAUAUAAAAUAAGAUAUGCCUUUAUUAGUCCCAUAGGGUGACGUUCCAUAUUUACAGCAGCACACCACAGCUUAGAAAGUUCAAAAUAAAGGUAAUACAAAUCAAGACGUUACAGUAUAUAAUAACUAUUUACAGCUGAGUACAUGUUGAUCAAGACACAGCUUUAUUGCAUGGUAUUGCACUUGUUUAUUGCAUGGUUAUUGCACAGUUUUUGGCGCAGUUUAUAUUAUGGAGUCCCGACAGCUGCAGGAAGGAAAGACCUGCGAUAUCUUUCCUUCGCACACUUUGGAUGUAUUUGUAUGAUUAUGGACUUUUAUUUGUCAAAAAAUACUGAACUGCAAGUUUUAUGUAGUAUUUUGGUCGCUAGGUUGCCAGUGAUGUUAUGUUGAUGAGACAAGAUGUUGUAUUACAUUACCUUCACAUUGUAUGGAGUCAGCCAUGACAUGAACUGACAUGAGUAAAAAAAAAAGUGUGUGGAAGUGGUAAGUGUUUUGCUUCAUACUUUGUCCUUCUUCCCCACUCCUUUUGAAACAGUUUUUCAAGUUAAGAAUAAGUAAAUUGGCCUACGUUGCUAGAGUGAUCCCGUAACCUGCGCAAUGUGAUGUAAA